AUGUGGAGUUUAUUGGAAGCCUCAAAGAAACAGAUGGAAGCGCUAAAAGAACAACUCUCUAUUGAAGCCGAGUUAAAAUCGAUUAAAUCCAUGUCGAAGCUAAAGGAGAAGGUAAUUGAGCUGGACGAACAACUUUGUAAAACCAACAAGGAAAGUCAAGAAAUCAAAGCCAAGUUACAGAAAAUGCAGGAUCGAGUUUCAUCUGUCGAAGUUGAUUUACAGUUAACUAAGACUCGAUUGGAGUCUUCUGACAACAAGAUAAUCGAUCUUGAACAACGACUUUCGAGUUUUGAAAAGGAAGGCCAAAUGAAAGAAGCUGAGCUUAUUAAACUACAAGAUCAAAUUUCUAUGAUAAUGGCUGAUCAGGUGAAGUCUAUGAACAUCUCGUUCGAGUUUAAUGAGCCAAAAGACAUGGAAGAUCAAAGCUGUUUUCGUGAAUGUAAUACAAAUAAAGCAGUUGAAAUUGUCGAUGAAUGA